CUGUAAGUAUUUUUUUUUUAUGAAUUUUCAAUAAAUAAACCUGAGAGAAAGUACCCUCUUUCCCACGUAUAUUUGUGGAGGGCACAACCCCCUAGGCCCUAACCUCUAUAAAAUAUCUAACAUACCCAUCUCACUGUACCAUUAACUAUCCAUCUCCUUCAUCGAUCGAUACUCAGACACGCACCUUUUUCAUCUUCUCUUCUCGUUCACUUCCAAGAUGACCUCAAAGCCACAAACACACGUAGUAAUUGUCUCCAGCCCUGGCGUUGGCCACCUUGUCUGUGAUCUUGAGCUCGGAAAUCGCCUCGUCGCCGAUCACAACGUCCAUGUCACCUUCUUCGUCGUCGUUGAAUCCAACUCCUCAGCCGGCGAAUCCGAUCUUAUCCAAUCAGCCAGAACUCAAAAACUCCUAGACAUCAUCGAACUACCACCUGUGGACAUCUCAGACAAAGUCGAACCCAAUUCUCCGAUCUUCACAAGGCUAACAACCAUCAUGCGCGAAACAAAUCCAAUUCUCAGGUCAGCAAUCUCAUCCCUGAAUCCUAGCCCAACAGCUCUCUUCGUUGAUAUUUUCGGAACACCAGCACUUGAUGUUGCUGACGAAUUUCACAUGUUAAAGUACGUAUUUGUUACCUCUGCAUUGCCACUUGCGUUAAUAUUAUAUGUUCCUGUCCUUGACAAGGAAGUAGAAGGUGAAUACGUUGUUCAAAAAGAACCGCUGAGGUUGCCGGGUUGUAUGCCGGUUCGACCAGCUGAUGUGGUUGACCCGUUGCUGAACCGGACCAAGCUUGAAUACCGUGUGUUCUUACAAGUUGGGUUGGAGAUGCGUCAGAGUGAUGGGGUUUUGGUGAACACUUGGGAAGAUUUGGACACCACAACGCUUAAAGCGAUGAGAGAACAAGAAGGUUACGGAUCAUUAGCGGUUUACGCAGUCGGACCGUUGGUUAGACCGGUUAAACCGUCUGGUUUAAAGUGCAAGUUGCUGGAUUGGCUAGAUGAGCAACCGGUUGAGUCUGUAAUUUAUAUUUCUUUUGGUAGUGCUGGGGUUCUCUCAGCCCAGCAAAUCACUGAGCUUGCUUGGGGUCUAGAGCUUAGCCGAAAGAGUUUUAUUUGGGUGCUACGUCCGCCUAUCAAGGACAAAGGUGGUAAUGCCUUGGAUUACUUGCCUGAUGGGUUUUUGGAACGGACCCACAAUUUGGGACUAGUGGUCACCCAAUGGGCUCCACAAUCGGAAAUUUUGGGCCAUAAAUCAAUAGGUGGGUUCUUAUCUCAUUGUGGGUGGAACUCAUCGCUGGAGAGCAUACUAAAUGGUGUGCCAAUGAUAGCAUGGCCUUUAUAUGCAGAGCAGAAAAUGAAUGCUACGAUGCUAGCUGAGGAGUUAGGAGUGGCUGUGCGUCCCAAAAUCGCACCAACUAAAGGAAUUGUAGGAAGGGAGGAGAUUGAGAUGAUGGUAAGGAAAGUAAUGGGGGAUCAAGAAGGAAUGGCAAUGAGGGCUAGAGUUAAGGAACUUAAAGACAGUGGGGAAAAGGCUUGCGCUGAGGGUGGCUCUUCUUUCAAUGCAUUGACUCAACUGGUAAAGCAAUGUGAGAUGAACUUGCAGCGUCAGAAAGUGAAGUAGGCUGUAUAAGCCACCAGUACGUAAUUACAAUAUUAAGGGUGGUUUGGUAAUAUGGGUCUAGUAAUGUUAUUUGUAUUUUUAAAAAAUACGUGUGGAUAAAAAAAUGUGUAAAAAUACGUGUAAUAUUAUUUAAAAAUUGAAAACAUAUUUUUAGAAACAUGUUUUCAAUUUUUAAAUACAUGUAAACGCCCCCAAAGUAUCUUAAGUAAUGCAUAAGAAAUUGUGGAUUAUAACA